AUAAAAAAGUUUUACUUACUACUACUAUAAUCCUGGAAAGUUGGGCCGUCAUCUUCUCCAGAAAGUCUCUUCUUACAUUCCUUUUUUCUGUCCCGCAAAAAGUUGGAAUCUUGCCAACGUAAUCUCUUUUUUCCUUUCAUAUUUUCCUGCUAAACAUCACACUCAUAGAUCUCCCACUCCUUUUUUCUUUAUUCUUUUUUCCAUUCUUCCCAGAUCUCAUUUCACUUUUCAAUUUCCCCGAAUUGGAUGAUUUCUAGGGUUCAUAAUCAUCAUCAUCUUCAUUAUUCCCCAAAAUUAACAAAUUAGGGUUUCAAAUUCCGCAAUAAUGGACAAAGACAAGCUCGCCGGCGGUGGAUUACCACCAAUGGGAAGAUUCUCGGCCUUUUCUCCCUCCUCUUCUUCACCAUCUUCAUCACUCCAACAACAGCAGCAAACUCAAACGACGUCGUUUAGCCAUGAUUUAAGCCGAAUGCCGGAUAAUCCGCCGAAGAACAUGGGCCAUAGAAGAGCUCAUUCCGAGAUUCUUACUCUUCCCGACGAUAUUAGCUUCGACAGCGAUCUCGGCGUCGUUGGAGGUGGACAUGACGGUCCAUCGUUUUCGGACGAAACCGAAGAGGAUUUGUUUUCGAUGUACAUUGACAUGGAUAAGGUGAAUUCGGCGACUUCUGCUACUUCGGGGUUUCAGGCAGGAGAGCCGUCGUGGGGGGCGGGGCAGGUGGCGCCUGGUGAGACGGGCGAGAGGCCGAGAGCUAGGCACCAGCAUAGUCAAUCUAUGGAUGGCACGACAUUAAUUAAGCCGGAGAUGCUCGUUUCGAAUGGAGAAGAGGCUCUUCCUGCUGAGGCUAAGAAGGCUAUCUCAGCUGCUAAGCUUGCUGAGCUUGCACUUAUUGAUCCUAAGCGUGCUAAGAGAAUCUGGGCAAAUAGGCAAUCAGCUGCAAGAUCUAAGGAAAGGAAGAUGAGAUAUAUAGCAGAACUAGAGCGCAAAGUUCAAACCUUGCAAACUGAAGCAACUUCUUUAUCUGCUCAGUUAACCCUGCUGCAGAGAGAUACAAAUGGUCUUACUGCUGAAAAUAGUGAGUUAAAGCUGCGUCUGCAAACAAUGGAGCAGCAAGUUCACUUGCAGGAUGCAUUAAAUGAUGCACUGAAAGAGGAGAUCCAGCAUUUAAAAUUGCUUACUGGUCAAGCUAUCUCCAAUGGUGGCCCUAUGGUGAAUUUCCCACCAUCAUUUGCAGCCAAUCAGUCUUUCUACCCAAACAACCAGGCAAUGCACACUCUGCUAACCGCACAGCAGUUUCAACAGCUCCAGAUUCAUUCGCAGAAGCAGCAGCAUCAGUUUCAAGAACGCCAACUACAUCAGCUACAGCAGCAACAAUUCCAGCAGCAGGAAUUGUCGCAGCACUCUGGUGAUUUUAAAAUCAGACCUUCAAUGCCAUUACCAAAAGAAAAUGCAUCAGACCCCAAUUCUGGAGCAUCAAAGGAUGAAAGGUCAUAAUUCAUGCGUGAGAGUUCAAUUUAGUUGCAGUUUGUCAACAGGGACAACUCUUAGUUGUUUAUGUAGUCUCUUAUAAACUACAGGUCUAUUUGUUUGUAGUCGUUGUAUCUCGGGAUUUGCGAUUUCUCGGUAAAAUGUAGGCUUUAGGUAGUCCGAAGGCACCUCAAAGAAAAAAAAGUUGCUCCUAAAAUCGGCAUUGUUCUGCUGUUAUUAUUGUUAGAUGGCUCCAUUAGAUUAGUUUAAGAUUAUUGUAACGCUGUUUAGAGUCAACGGGACUGGUGAUUUGGUGAAGUGAUGGUGGUGGUGAAUGGUGAUGUCAGUGUAUGCUGUAAUUUUGUCGAGCCUAGUUGGCUAUUUUAUUGUUCACUCAUUUAAUUGUAAUCAAGCUGCAAAUCGCCCUUGUGCGAGGCUUAUGAAAAGAGUUAAUUUAACUA